CAUCUGAACUUCAACAGCCCCCUGAGACAAGACAGAGGGUAUCAGUUGUCCCCAGAAUGCAAGAAGCAAAACCCACGGCAUCGAGAGAGUAAAUGAUUUGGUCAAGGGCACGGAGCAUCAUCCCUGUCCCGUCAGUGCCAGACCGUGCUGCACCGUCCUUGCGAUUUCGUGCUCUGCCCCUUCAGAGAACACAGAAGAAAAGCUCCUUCCCCGGGGAGUCCGAAGGAAACUGGGCAACGUAAAGAAAAGUUAAUUGUUUUACCACACACCCAAACUAUCGCAAGGAGAGAAUCAAUUCAAGUCUCACUCCAAAAAGAGCUGCAAUUAAAAGGAAAAAAAGUAAAAGACCUUGCUCGGAGGAGAUGCACUGAGGAAGCGAGCAACAAGUGGUGGCACUCGGGCGCCUGCACCAGCGGCUGGCUCAGCCUGGGGAGGCUCCGCCGCCCGCCCUCCCUCUCUGGCACACAUGUAACACGAAACUUCGUAUCUCCAGGACAACCAAUAACAAAAAAAAGGCAGAGACAACAGCUGGCUGUCAGCAGCAGAGCAGAGAGGAGCCGAGCGAGGAGCGAGACACAAGCCAGGAUGAGGGGAGAGAUGACGUGAAAGUUUAAGAAGACAGAACAACAAGAGGAGGAGAAGAGUUCGUGGCGCGGCUGGGGCAGAAAUCGCAAAGCAGCAAGAGCCCUUUGAACCAGUGGGCAGUCAGAAGUGCAGUCAAGCAGAAAAACAUUUGCUUCCUCACAGCAUAAAGCCUGGAGAGGUUGAGCCAGAAUGUCAUCUGAAGGCUUUCUGAAGGAAAUGCAAACCAUUGGUGAGAAGUUUCUCCUUAAGCUCCAGAAACUGCCCAAGGCUGACCCAGUGGAGAUUGUGUCCUUUUGUGUGGUUCUUCUGUUUAUCGUUACUGUUCUGGUGCUCAUGAUCAUUGCCUGCAGUUGCUGCUGCUACAGCUGCUGUGGCUGUGACAGACAUCCUGACCACAGACGUAGGAAGAUCCAAGUCCGCCCAACUGCCCAUUCAUGAAGUACAACAAGAGGUGACACAACCUACUAUGAAGGACAUGCACGGACAUCAUGAUUCAGUCCUAUGGGAAUGCCUGCCUACACUAGCUCACUGAAAAUGGCAAUAACAAUAUUAAUUAAUAUGACUCAGAGGACCAGAAAUCACAGCAUGGAAUUCCUUCUUUCUGUGACGGCCACUACUGAGCUCCGUGGUGCUACCAGAAAGGUAAUGCUCCUUUACCAUCACUGUCUCCCUCUUCUGGGGUGGGGUGGGGGUGCCUGGACACAUGCUGCUGAGAAAACAGACAGGCUUUCCCAAUGACAGCCCUGCAGCUGGGCCAGCCAAGGACUCCCUUUGUGAGCACGGAGCCACAGAGCAAAGCAGAGAACACGGACCCUGCCACACACUAGGCAGCACCUACUCUCUUCACAAGUGGCUAAUGCCACAGGACAGUGCUGAGCGCUGCCAAAACACACCUGACAUUACGGGGAAGUCCACAUACUCAGUACAUCUUGGAUCAAGCCCAAACCUGCUCUUUUAAAAGCCAUCUACAACAGACAUUUAGUGGAGAUGUCUGCUGAAAACAACAAACCGUGGACCUACUGAGACAUGCCAGCUGAGGCUCCGAGUACAGCUGGUAACAAAUGCUUCCUGCUUUGUGUCAUUGGUGUUACAACGAUGUGAAAUUGCCAAAGAAAAAAAAUCAGAUCACGUGCAAUACCCUUUGGAAACAGAAAGACAAAGGCAAAAGGGAAAAACUCACAAAUGAUAUGUCUUAAUUUGAUUGUUCUGCUGCUAAAUGUGCUCCGUCCCUAUCCCCCAUGUGGUUCUGCUCUACUGCUUCUUGCAGGUGAGUGGUAUGUACAGAGCAUGGGAGUUCCAGAUGAACAAAUCCCUAUCCUUACUCAAGAGACCUGUCUGCCUGACUCCCUGCACUCUGUGCAGUUUAUUUUAGUGGACAUAAACAUUAUGCCUACGGUAUGUUUAUUAGCAUACACAAAGGCAUUUCAGAGGAGUCAUACAAGAUGGUAACCACCACUUCAGGGUAUACAUGCAGCUGCUGACAGCGGGCAUUGUGACAAAGCAGAGCCCAGAAAAGGCUGUAUGGCUGAAGUUAGCAAGUGCAAAUAAAUCCCUUUUUCAUGCCACAGCCACUGUGUAUGUUUGGUUUACACUUCAGUGAACUUCAGGAAAGGAUUUAUGUAAGUACCAGGCUAUGGUGCAGGCCACAACUUUCAUAACUGGGACAGCCAAACAGAAGAUCAUACUGCACCUAACUCUAAGCCAUUAGCCUUUCAGCCCCAAAUGUGAAACCAAUCACCUUUAUGAGAAGGUAUAAAAAGUUACAUGCAUAUAGAUAAGUCAUCUUCUACCCUUGUAUUCCAACUGCUAAGUGUAGAGGAGUCAAAAGGAUUACACAUGUAUAUAACAGAGCAAACAUCUAGCUAGAGAAAACAGUCAUCAAGUUUGUAACAGUGGACUUCUAAACAUUCUUAACACUUCAGAAGGGCCAAAAAAAUGAAAACUUUGUAAAGAAAACUUUCUCUGAUCCGUACACCCAAAUUAGUAAAAAGCACAUUACUUCAGUAACUUCUUAUGUAUUUAAUGCACUUUAAUUUUUGCAAAGAAACUAGAUUUAGGUAUUUGCAUUUUUGUGCGACUGCACAUUGGAAUAUAUCUGCAGCUAGUGACACAGAGAAUGGUCUAAAAAUGGAG